GCGAGACUCGCGGUAAUAUGGCCGCUGCGUUCCGGGCUCCGCUGUGCUGAGGGGAAGCUAAGGGCCCCCCCAUUACACGCCUCCCGCAUGUGCGGGCCCCUGCCGCCCUCGCUCCGUGUCGCCACCCGCCAGCCAUGACCGGAGAGAAGCUCCGCCCCCUGCGCCGGGGCCACAAGCCCAGUAAGGAGGAGGACCUGCUGGAGCCCGAGGAGGAGGCCACUGCCGGCGGCACCUUCCCCCGUCUGGGCAAAGGGGGCCACAAGCCGAGCCGGGCCCCUGCCAGCGACAACAAGUACCCGCUCCAUGAGGCCGUGUACAAAGGGGACAUCCGCCGACUCUCUGCCCUGCUCCGGACACACAGCCUGGGGGACAAGGACAGCCACGGUAAUACACCAUUACAUCUUGCGGUGAUGUUGGGCAAUAAAGAAUGUGCUCAUCUUCUCUUGGCACAUAACGCUCCUGUGAAGGUGAAAAAUGCUCAGGGUUGGAGCCCUCUGGCAGAGGCUAUCAGCUACGGAGACAGACAGAUGAUUACAGCACUGCUCCGAAAGCUAAAGCAGCAGUCCAGGGAGAGUGUGGAAGAAAAGAGACCUCGUCUAUUAAAUGCUCUGAAAGAGCUGGGAGAUUUUUACCUGGAGCUUCAUUGGGAUUUUCAGAGCUGGGUGCCUUUACUUUCCCGAAUCCUGCCUUCUGAUGCAUGCAAGAUCUAUAAACAAGGUAUAAAUAUCAGAUUGGACACCACGCUUAUAGACUUCACUGACAUGAAGUGCCAACGAGGGGAUCUUAGUUUCAUAUUUAAUGGUGAUGCUGCUCCUUCAGAAUCCUUUGUUGUAUUAGACAAUGAACAGAAAGUUUACCAGAGAAUACAUCACGAGGAAUCUGAAAUGGAGACCGAAGAGGAGGUGGACAUUUUGAUGAGUAGUGACAUUUAUUCGGCCACAUUAUCUACUAAAUCGAUUACCUUUACAAGGGCCCAAACUGGAUGGCUUUUCAGAGAGGAUAAAACGGAGCGAGUGGGAAAUUUCCUUGCAGAUUUUUAUUUGGUAAAUGGGCUUAUACUGGAGUCUCGGAAAAGAAGAGAACAUCUCAGUGAAGAAGACAUACUCCGCAAUAAAGCCAUCAUGGAGAGUUUAAGUAAAGGGGGGAAUUUAAUGGAGCAAAACUUCGAGCCUGUGCGGAGACAAUCUCUCACACCUCCUCCUCCUAACACAAUCACUUGGGAAGAGUAUACAGCUGCUGAAAAUGGAAAAGCUCCACACCUUGGAAGAGAACUUGUUUGUAAAGAAAACAAGAAAAACUUCAAAGCAACCAUAGCUAUGAGUCAGGAUUUCCCUCUAGGGAUUGAAUCACUGCUGAAUGUCUUAGAAGUAAUUGCACCUUUCAAGCACUUUAAUAAGCUCCGAGAAUUCGUUCAGAUGAAGCUUCCUCCUGGAUUUCCUGUUAAGCUUGAUAUACCAGUUUUUCCAACAAUCACCGCUACUGUAACAUUUCAAGAGUUCCGCUAUGGAGAAUUUGAUGAAUCAAUUUUUAAGAUACCAGAUGACUAUAAAGAAGAUCCAAGUCGGUUUCCGGACCUAUAACUGCUUUGAUCUUUUUUUUUUUUUUUUUUUUUUCCCUCUCCUUCCCAAUGCUCUAAGGUGGACAUCUGCAUAUAAUAGUAAUUUCCCAAGGUUAUACAAAUAUUACUUUUAUUUUCUUGAAGAUCUGUGGUGCAGCUUGUUCAAGAUUCAGCAUUUCCAAGAUUGCUCUAGUUUGAGCAGUUGGACAAGUCCUAAUCUGACUGUGAAAUUGUAGAUACAUAUACCUUUCAUACUUUCUAUGUGUACGAGACUUCAUGAUAUGCUACCACCCAUCUCCUUCCUACCCCCCACCCCUCAGGUUUGGCAAUCAUCUACUUAAGAAUGCCACACAAUCAUUGUUCAUAUCCUUAGAUUAGUGCUUGAAUUAAGUCCCUAGGAAAUCACAUAUAUUCACCACACAAUUCAAGGUAAACUUUUUAAUAGUUACCCCUGAUCUUCUUUGUCCAUUUUGUAAAUUAUACAGUAUGUAAAAUGUAUAGUUUCUUGUUUGCUGGGUUAUAUUUAAAGUAGGAGGAAUGACCUUUAAUAAACCAAAAGUUUCAGUUAUUGUUUCAAAUGUUGCAAGCCCUGUAAGAGAUCUCCCAAAACACACACACACAGCGCUGCAGAGCACUAGGAUUGUGGGGCUUACAUUUGGUUUUUUUUAAUGAGUAAUGUGUUUUUUUUUUGUU